AUGCCUCAAGCCCAGCCCGAGUUAAAGAAGUAUAUGGAGAAGCGGGUGUUCUGCGAACUUAACGGAAACCGCAAAGUCAUUGGCGUUUUACGCGGCUACGAUGUGUUUAUGAAUAUCGUCCUUGACGAAGCUUUUGAAGAGAAGCCGGGUGGAGAAAAGGUUGCUAUUGGCAUGAUUGUCAUUCGCGGCAACUCAGUUGUCAUGCUUGAGGCUUUGGAGCGGAUAAGCGAGAAAUAGACAGACUAUUAUAGGUUGCGUGUGGAGGGUGGAGACGUCCGGACGUCUACGUUUUUUCUUUAUACCAUACAUGCAUGUAUGUGGGUUACUUCAAAUAUCAAGGAGUUCACGGGUUGGACCGCUCGCGUGGAGCUAUCCGAGGGUAUCUUUUUUGAGAUUUUAUUAUGCUUAUGAGAGGGAAAGGAAAAGAAAUUUGAAUAAUACCUACAUAUGUCUAUCCUGAGUAGACCAGUGGCUACGUGCUCCUUUGAAUUAAUACCUGCCAACUACAUAUACUAGCACAUCGGAGUAGUUAAGGAUGAUAUGCAGAGAGUCAACUGCAUUGAAUAGAUCCGGGGCAUAGGGAAGAUUUAAAGCAGCCACACUACAG